AUGGCGCAGGGUCGAGAGGAGACCCCCUAUCAGUCCACCGGCGCGUCCUUGUCAGUGAGAUGGGUGCAAGGAUUCCCUAAGCAGGAUGUUCAUUUUGUCAACAAUACCACCAUUUGCUACCCUUGUGGGAAUUAUGUAAUAUUUCUUAAUAUCGAAACCAAGAAAAAGACUAUACUCCAAUGUGUGAAUGGAAUUGUGGGCGUAGUGGCAACUAACAUUCCCUAUGAAGUUGUGGCUUUUUCUGAUCGGAAGCUAAAACCCAUCAUCUACGUCUACAACUUUCCUGGAUUGACCCAAAGGACCAAAUUAAAAGGCAAUGUUCUUCUGGACUACACUUUACUUGCGUUCAGUUACUGUGGCACAUACCUGGCUAGUUACUCUUCUCUCCCAGAAUUUGAACUGGCUCUGUGGAACUGGGAAUCCAAUGUCAUUUUGUGCAAGAAAUCACUGCUUGUUAUGGAUGUGAGCUACAUGACUUUUAACCCCAUGAACUGGCGCCAGCUGUGCUUGUCAAGUCUCAGUGCAGUGAUGGUGUGUACCAUUGAGAGAAGCAACCAGGAGCAUUACCUCAAAUCAAAAUUGGUAAAAUUGCCUGCAGAAGAUGGGACACUUUCGGAUGAACCAGACACAAUUUUCUCUCACUCAUCGCUCAAGGAUCCCAUUUAUGGACCCGUGCUCCCACUGUCGGCCAUUGCCGGGCUUGUGGGCGAAGAGGCAGAGACUUUCAGGCCAAAAGAUGAUCUAUGUCCUUUGCUUCAUCCGACUAUGCACUGCUGGACUCCGACAAGUGACCUCUACGUUGGCUGUGAAGAGGGUUAUCUUUUAAUGAUUAAUGGAGACACCCUGAAGGUGACUGUGCUUAAUAAGACAGAAGAAGCUCCAUCACUGGCCAGAGGAAAUCUUAUCACUCCAGUCACCAUGGUUUAUCAGAAAGGAGGCGUGCUUGCUUCUGGAAUUGAUGGCUUGGUAUAUUCUUUUCUUAUUAAAGAUUCAAGUUACAAAGUAGAUAACUUUAUUAAUGUUGAAGAGCCUGUGGAACAUAUGACAUUCUCUCCUAAUUACAGAAUGUUGCUGAUUCAAACAGAGAAGGGAUCUGUAUUUAUUUACACUUUUGGUGAGGAGCCAACCUUUGAGAAAGUCCUAGAUGCUUGUGAUGGGAACUUCAAGGCAAUUGACUUCAUCACACCUGGAAACAAAUACUUCAUGACACUCACAGGUUCAGGAGAAGUUUGUGUUUGGUUGUUGGAGGAUGGUUCUUGUGUUGGCAGGAUUUAUCUUAAUACCCCGGCAACGGUUCUGGCUGGUUCUCCCUCCUCGCUCUCUGCUGCCGUGGGGACCGAGGCCGGCUCUGUCCUGUUCCUCGACGUCAGUGACGCCGGAUGCCCGCAGGUAGUUCACAAGGCCUUUCUUUCCGAGUCGCCCCUGCAGCACAUCGUUUAUGACCAGCGAGGAAUGUUUCUGUUAGCUGGAACAGCAGAAGGAUACAUCUUUGUUAUCAGUGCCUACCCCUCAAGCUCAUUUGAGAUUUUUGGAUUCACAGAGGUGGGCAAAGGCAUUUUACAAAUAUCCACAGUGUCUCUUUUGGAAACAGACAUAGUGGAAGUGAUGGUGCUUUCCUUGUCUUCAGAAGCAGGAAGAAACAGACUGGAAAUAUUUACUCUGCCGAAAAUACUACCGGAGGUCUCUGGAACCUUAAUUGAUGAAAGAGGGAGGCUGAGAAAUGAACUCAUUCAUAAGUUCGUGUAUGAGACGGAACAUACGCUCUCCUCUGCAGUGUUGAACUUUCAAAGCCAACAAAUAUAUGGCUUCUGUAAUCAAGUACCGUAUGUCUGUAGCUAUGUUCUUCCUGAAAAGGAACAUAGUGGUGUUUGCAUUAUUAAACCAAACCAAAAAGUACAAAGCAGACAAUAUGGACCUGGAAUGAUGUAUCUGUCUCCACAUGGAUUGUGGCUUAUAACAAUAGCUAAAGAUGGAAUCCUGUGUAUCCGAGAUAUUUAUACUUUGGAAACAUUUGCUCGGUGUCGUAGUCAUUCUCACCAAGCGCAAGGGAUUCAGUCAAUAAAAAUUUCAAUGGAUGGACAAAACAUUCUGGUGAAUGGGAGAAAUGAUGGCUCUCUUGUUGAUCUAAGAUGGAAGCAGUUUGGAGGAACCAAAGCCAGUGAAAUUCUUGAAUAUUACCAGCAUCUUUUAACUUUUCUCAGCAACACCAUGGAUGAGGAGAAUGCCCACUUAAGUAAAAUACGAAGAGGUUCCUUAGAUUUGGGAUCAGAAUUUGAAGACACAAAUUCUCAGUUAAAGAGGAUGAGCAUUGACUCAUCACAAGAUGAAUUAACUGUAGCAGAGGAAACAAAGGAAAUAUCCUGGAUACAGGAAAAAAGCCAAGAGGCCAUCAAAAAUGAGGUUAAACUGUUUUCCAAGAAAAGGAAAGAGAUAAAAAAAGGAAUCAAAGCCCUUGUUAAAACUGUCCUGAUUAUGAUGGAAGAAAAUGAAACACUACCUAAAAUUGCAAAAUUAGAGCAACAGGAAUUUGGCCUGGAUCUUGAGGAACUGGAAAGGCUUUAUGAUGAAAGUGAGGAAGAAGUGACAAAGAUAAGAAAGGACGUAGAGAUGGAUAACCUAGCCAAGAGAUAUUUGACUGACCUUAUAAAAGAAGAAUGCUGGAAUUCGAUGGCAGUGAAAGGGCGAGCUCUUAAGUGUUUUCACAUCCCCUAUGUGGUCGACAACUUCCCAUUGAAAGAGCGCACAGCUGAAGAGUUGAAAGAAUUGGAAAGAGUUUUACAGCAAAAGAGGAUUGAAGAAGAGUGCCUUAAACUACGAAAGGACAUUAUAGAGGUUCAGUCUGCAGUUACCUUGGUUAAAAAGCACCAUGAAGAGGAGGAUGAAGAGGAAGAAGAAAACAAAGCAGUAAAAGAUACUAACUUGCCCAAUUACCUGCUUGGCAGUCUGAGUACUGAUUUUGGGGUAGAUACCUCUUUAUUGUCAAGCCAAUUGGAACUUCAUUCCAGAGAGGAGAAAAUCAACCAAAUUAUAUUACUGAAGGAUAUUAUUUACAGAGUAAAAACUAUUUUUAAUAAUGAGUUUGAUGCUGCAUAUAAACAAAAAGAGUUUGAAAUUGCACGUGUGAAGGAAAGAAAUGAAAGAAUUGAAGAAAUUAUUUUAGAUCUAGAAUUGGAAGAAAAUGUCUGGCAACCAGAAUUUGAAGACUGUGAGAAGCCAGAGAGAACCCUUGUUGUGGAAGAUAAAGAGAUUAAAGCCAGCAAGCAUGUGAAUAUGUGGCAAAAAGCCAAAGCAGAAUUGACUGUGACCCGUGAAAUGGAGCGAUGGCUUUCGUCACAUAGCACGGACGUGAGACGCCGAGCCCUGAUGGACAUGAUGGGUGGUGUUUUGGAAGUCAAGAAAGAAGACAUUCUGAGAAUGGUGAUUCCUCAACCUGAUUUUAUGGCAAAACCUGAUGCUUUGUGGUCUGAAGAAGAAAGAAAACAAUUCAGAGAGUACGAGAAAAAAGUCAAGGAGUUAAAUGAAGAAAGAGAUAAGUAUAGAAAGUCAUUAGAAGCAGAACUGAAGAAACUUCAAAACUCUAUUCAAGAAAGCACACAGAACUUUGACGAAUAUUUGAAAAGACUCUUUGACAGGAGAGUGAAGGCAGAGAUGGUUGUCAACCAGGAGGAACUGAAAAUAAAUAACCUUGUUUUCUCUUUACUGUUGGAUGAAGAAUUGAACACCAGAGAAAUUUGCCUGAACAACUAUCUUGCAAGGAAGCAGGAGGAGAAAAUGCAGACUUCAGAGGCCAUCCAGAAAGCUAGAGAAAACCUCGAUGUGUACAGGGAGAGCUAUGACAACUUACUGGCAGAAGACAAAGUUUUGGAUCGCAGCUUUAAAAAAGAAUUUUCUGAAAUUCCUAGUCAACAGGUGGAUAUUCUCUACAAACUUUUUAAACGCCGACCAAGGAUUCAAAAACAUAAAACACACGCAGAUGUGGCCAGUAUUGACCCUUUUGGAGAGAGACCAGGAUCUGGCAAAUUGAGUAACAAUGCUUUUGCCCAGUUAAUGAAAGCCAUGGAUGAAUUGGAUAAUAUUCAUAACAUGCCAGAAGGCUUGGAUCCCUUGGUCUGGGAUCAUUUCUGCAUGACCAGACGAGCAAAAGUGGAAAAUGAACAAAAAGUAAAGCAGAAAGCAGCUGGCUUAAUGGAAAUGUUGGCUUUCCUCCGGAAGAGAAUUGAGGAUGAUGAAAAGGUGCAACAGGACAUUGAAAAAGUGUUCCAUGAACUCACCCUAUUACAGGAAGAGAAAGUGGGAUUCCAGUUGAAUUUAACCAUCCAAAUUCUCCUUAAACAAGGACAAGUAGAACUGGACAAUUUUCAGUUAUUGCUGGAGUAUUCUGAUGCAAUUCUCAUCAACAGGAACAUAAUUGAAGACUUGAAUGCUGUGAUUCGGACUCAAGGACAAAAGAAAGUCACUAGUAUGAUGGAAAGUAAAGAGGUCCACAAAGGAAUAUUUCAGAUUGAGUGGGAACAUAAAAAAAUGGAGAUGGAAAUGGAAGAUUUAAAUCAGAAGGCUUGGGAUAUUCAGAUGCUAUUUUUUUCAAGAGAUCGUCAAAAGUUCCUAAAUGAACCCAACUAUGAGAAUCUGAUUGCUAUUCAGAUUGUAAUAAUGGAGCAAACCAUUGCUGUUUUAGAAAAGACCCACAAAAAGAAUGUGGAAAACUGCAAAAAACUACUCAAAAAACUGGGAAAGACCAGCAAUCAAAAAGAUGUAGCAAAUUAUACUCUAAGCUGCAAUUUACGAGAAGAGUUGGUGGCUGUCUCAGAGAGAAGAGACAUCUGUAAUGCAAUAGGAUCUACACUGACUUGUGAAAAGAUUGCUAAAGAACGAUAUGAAAACAUGAUGCAACAACAAAAGUUAACAAAUAUUUCAAGACAACAAGCUGAACAGAUUUCAAUUCUGCAAGCUGAAGUUGAAAGAUUAAGGAUGAAAACAUUUCCUGCUUUUGCUCAAAUGUAAAAAUGCUGGCAGUAAACAUGAGACCAAUCAUUUUAAAAUUCA